GCGAGUCAGGCCAGCGGACGAGGACGAGGAGAAGCUCAGCGGCUUCUCCAUCCUCCUCUCACCUUACUGCUGCACCCACCCCCGAGCGCCCCGCCCCGCCCCUCGCCCUUAUAGUGGGUCCCCGCGCCUCUCAGCCUCAGACUCUCCCCGGCGAAGCGCCAGGCUGCAGCGCUGGUGGAUCCAGGGCUGUGGCCGGAGGAGCAGAGUGAGGCUGCUGCUGCGCCCCCCAUGAUGGGGGGCAGCCCGGCCCUAGCCUCGGUCGCUGCCGACCUCCACCAUCGCCCACGCCGCGUCUGCCAGCUCCCACCGCUAGUGCUGCCGGUGCUGCUGCUGCUGCUGACACUGCUGCCCGGACGCCCUGCCCUCCUCACCUCGAAGGCAACAUGAAGGAAAUUCAGGGACACGGCGGGAACUCUCCCUUCUGUACCCGCCUCAACGACUCUUAUUCCGGCAUGUGGGCGCCGGAGGCACAGAGCAACCUCACACGCCCCCCUGGGCCGGGUGAGGACUGCGGGUCCGUGUCGGUGGCCUUCCCGCUCACCAUGCUGAUCACCGGCUUUGUGGGCAACGCGCUGGCCAUGCUACUGGUGUCGCGGAGCUACCGGCGUCGGGAGAGCAAGCGCAAGAAGUCGUUCCUGUUGUGCAUUGGCUGGCUAGCGCUCACUGACCUGGUUGGGCAGCUGCUUACGAGCCCGGUGGUCAUUUUGGUAUACCUGUCCAAGCAGCGCUGGGAGCAGCUCGACCCGUCGGGGCGCCUGUGCACCUUUUUCGGUCUGACCAUGACUGUCUUUGGGCUCUCCUCGCUUUUCAUCGCCAGUGCUAUGGCUGUCGAGCGGGCGCUGGCCAUCCGUGCGCCACACUGGUACGCAAGCCACAUGAAGACACGCGCCACUCGCGCCGUGCUGCUGGGUGUAUGGCUGGCGGUGCUUGCCUUCGCCCUGCUGCCAGUGCUGGGUGUGGGCCAGUACACCAUCCAGUGGCCUGGGACAUGGUGCUUCAUCAGCACCAAACAAGGGGGCAAUGGGACUAGCCCCUCACACACCUGGGGUAACCUUUUCUUUGCCUCCACUUUCGCCUUCCUGGGCCUCUUGGCGCUGGCUGUCACCUUCGCCUGCAACUUGGCCACCAUUAAGGCCCUGGUGUCACGAUGUCGAGCAAAGGCGGCAGCAUCGCAGUCCAGUGCCCAGUGGGGCCGGAUCACGACUGAGACGGCCAUCCAACUCAUGGGCAUCAUGUGCGUGCUUUCGGUCUGCUGGUCACCCCUACUGAUAAUGAUGUUGAAAAUGAUCUUCAAUCAGACAUCUGUUGAGCACUGCAAGACACACACAGGAAAAGAGAAAGAGUGCAACUUCUUUUUGAUAGCUGUUCGCCUGGCUUCACUGAACCAAAUAUUGGAUCCCUGGGUUUAUCUGCUGCUAAGAAAGAUCCUUCUUCGAAAGUUUUGCCAGGUAGCAAAUGCUGUCUCCAGCUGCUCUAAUGAUGGACAGAAAGGGCAGCCUAUCUCAUUAUCUAAUGAAAUAAUACAGACAGGAGCAUGAAAGAGAACACUUCAUCAACUGACAUGUUCAUAGCUUUUGGAAACAAAGAUCCCUAAAUACUGUGAAUUUGGACAUAUCUGGCAUGCCAGUGUUUAUCCAAUGAUGUGGAAUAUUUGGUAUAAUGCUAAAUGAUUUCAGAAACAUAGAUAAUCCUUUAUGUGCCAAAAAUACUGAAACAUAAACAAGAGAAAACAUACUAAUAACAGUCUAGUGGUUUUUGAAUCCCUGCCAUAUGCAGUUGAAUAUGUGGUUAUUUAUGUGAUGAAAUCAUUUUUAUUUAUGUUCUUGGCAUAGUUUGUACAUGAAGGAUUUAACCCCACAUAUCAUUGGAGACAACGGGAUAGUACUUUGCUUUCACUCUAGGACAUUGGUCUUGUGUGUUCUCUUUCAUUGUCUCCCAAUUUUCAUUUUUUUUUUUUUUUUUGCUCUUACAUUAAAAGUUUAAUUAGGACAGAAAUAUGUAUUAUAUAUUCACAAUAGUAAUUGAUAGUGAUAUUAUUUAAGUAUUGCUCAAUAUACCAAGUCGGUUACUACCCUUCCAAAAUUGACUGGUCAGGUUGGAAGUUAGGUUUGUUCCUUAUCUGAGAAGAACUUACUACAUUUAUUCCAAAUAUGGUAGAGUUUGUGACUACUCAACUUGCUAAAUAUUCUUUCAUCUCAGUACAUCUUGCAUUCCUGUAAGCCUUGAGGAGAUUCAUGAAACUGAUCUGUGAGAAUCAGUGAAGUGAUUUUUUUUCAGAAUGCUAUUUAAGGAUUGAUUUGGGCACUAAAUAUAGAAG